ACCCCGGCGUCUCCCUCAAGCCACUUUUUCGCUAGUGGAUCUCGGAUCGCCCGGGAACCUCGAUAGCGCUAUUAUUCGACCAAACAGCUUGUUUAGUUGGUUUUGUCGUUUGUCUAGGUUCGUUUUCGACGGCCAACAUGGUCAACGGGACGGCGUCCAACGACCCCUUAGCAGGCCUCAUCCCCCCGCCGUCAGAGCUCAACGAUGCGCACAAGGUAUACGGCGUCGCCGCCGGCUGCAUCGUCAUGUGCAUCGCAGCCAGCGGCAUGGUUCUGUGGCGCCUUUACCUCCGCGUAGCCGCUCGCAAGUUCGGGCUAGACGACUACGCUACAGCCUUUGCGCUGUUGUGCUACCUCACCUGGUCCGGUUUGGCCAUCUACAUCAACCUCCAUGCCGGGGUCGGGAAACCGCUCUGGGAGUUGACGCUGGGUGAGAUCCAGCUCUGGUAUAAGGGCAUUGUGGCCUGCAACUUCCUCUACCCGGUCAUGUCAACCUCGAUCCGGGCCUCGCUCUUGAUCUUUUACCGGCGCCUCUUUGUCAACCCGGCCACGAGCCUCGUCUACGCCUGGACAAUUAACAUCCUCCUGGCGCUGCAGCUCGUCUACCUGGUCGUCUUCUGCUCCAUCCCCGUGCUCGUCUGCCGCAAGACGUCCGACGCCGCCGACCCCUUCACCAGCGCCAUGUACUGCGACGCCUGGGUCUACAUCGACGAGACCAUCGCCCUCUACUCGGUGAGCCUGGCCUUCGACUUGGCCCUGCUCACCCUGCCCGUCUUUCCCAUCGCGUCGCUGCGCAUGCCCGCCAAGAAGCGCGCCGGCGUCCUGCUGCUCUUCCUCCUCGGUUUCACCGCGAGCGCCGCGGCCGCGUGGAAGUUGGGCAUGUACACGUGGGAGCUGAAUCGUCUAUACGAUAUCGACCCAAGGUGGUACAACUACCAGAUGAGCCGCCUUGUGCCUCCUCAGUUCGACUCGUACGGGGUCACGUUCUGGGUCCCCUCCAUGCUGGAGCCGACGCUGGCCAUGAUAUGCGCCUCGCUGCCCGGGCUGCGGCCGGCUCUGGGCCGUAUCUACGAGGUGCUCUCGUCGGCGCUGGGUUCGACCUUUGGCCGCAGCCGAGAGCAACACAACGGCGCCAAGAUCCAACUUGGAGACUCGGAUCAGCCCAUGUACGACUGGGCCACCCACACCAUCGGCGGCAGCACACAGAAGCUCCGCGGUGGCAACAGCAGCGGGACGGCAUCCAGGGACGGCGCGCCAUCCAAGAUCUCACACAGCGAGCUGAGCUCGACCGGGGCGGGGCCCGACGACGAGGAGAGGGGCCCAUACCACCUGGAGAACGGAGUGAUUACGAGGCAUUAUAGGACAGCAGUAUGACACUCAAGAGAUUAAAAAGGGGGGAAAUGAAAUAAUGAAAGAAACGAGACGGAUCUGGGAGCGCCGUGUUUGUUCUUCCAACGCGUUGAUCGCGUCCAUCAUGAAUCUCUAGGUCAUGAAAUAAUAUCUAGAUCAUGAGAUUGAGAUGACCCAGGUGAUUGUACUAAUAUUAAUUAGUAGCAAGUUUCUUGUGCUAAUUAAUC